CAAUUUUCCUUGCUGAGACUUAGCCUGUAACACUACACCAUUUGCAGACUCCUCGAUGCCUUUCGCGCAGCUCGUACUUGGCAGUCCCGGUGCGGGCAAGAGCACCUACUGCGAUGGUAUUCAUGAGCGCAAUCGGGCGCGAGUGCUCCGUUGUGAACCUGGACCCCGCCAACGACCAGACGAACUACCCGAAAGCGCUAGAUAUACGAGAUCUUGUCACAUUAGAAGAUAUCAUGGCCGAUGACGAGCUCGGUCCGAACGGAGGGGUUCUUUACGCAUUUGAGGAGCUGGAGCAAAACAUGGAAUGGUUGGAAAAGGGGCUGAAGAAGCUGGAUGAGUCCUACGUUAUAUUUGAUUGUCCGGGACAAGUCGAGCUCUACACGCAUCAUAACUCGCUGCGAAAUAUAUUCUUCAAGCUGCAGAAGAUGGGUUACAGACUUGUCGUCGUCCACCUCUCCGAUUCAUUCUGCUUGACGCAGCCUUCCUUAUACGUCUCCAACCUUCUCCUCACACUUCGAGCCAUGCUCCAAAUGGACCUUCCACAUAUCAACGUCCUUACAAAGAUCGAUAAAGUCACAUCCUAUGAUCCGCUACCAUUUAACUUAGAAUUCUACACAGAAGUCCAGGACCUGUCGUACCUGCUGCCAUAUCUCGACGAAGAGUCACCCUCGGUGAAUGGGAAGUUCACACGCUUGAACCAAGCGGUCGCGGACCUCGUGGAGAACUUCGCGCUCGUCCGGUUUGAGGUCUUGGCCGUGGAAAACAAGAAAAGUAUGAUGCAGUUGCUCCGGGUUAUAGAUCGAGCAGGUGGGUACAUCUUCGGAGGGGCGGAGGGCGCGAACGACUCUGUCUGGCAGGUAGCAAUGCGGAAUGAGACCUCGAUGAUGGAAGUCCAGGAUAUCCAGGAGCGUUGGGUUGAUGCCAAAGAGGAGUACGAUGCUGCGGAGAGCAAGGAAGAUGCGCAGCAGCAGGCCAAAUUCGGCGAGGGUGCGGAUGGGACAGCAACCCCUGACUUGAUACCCGACGACGAUGACGAAUUUGACGGCAUGCCUCCCCCGCCUGCGACUGGCAGUGGCAUAAAGAUAGUGAGAAAGAAGCAAUGAUACCCGACUCAACCGUCGCUGAUGUCUUCCAUCUCUUCGUCCUGAUCCGAUUCGUCCUCCACACCCAAGGCGGGAUUGACAGCGGCGCGGGUUUGCCUCUGCGGCGCAUUACCCAGCAGGCUCUCCAACGCCGGAUUGCCCUUCACUGCUUUCUGAUCUUUGAC